ACGUACAUCUUCUUCUGUAGUAAGUAUUAAAGUAUUGCCAUUAACGAUCCUAGGAAGCUCGAUCGUUCGACGAACGCGAGUCGAAAGGUCGAAGGGAAUGACGGUGGAUAAUAAAAGGCGGUGAGAAAUGCCUCCUUUAACUUGCGUGCGUGUAUGUGUGUGCGUGUGUGCGCGCGUGUGUACCAUACAUUAUUCGUCGUAUUUUUUUCUCUCGUUUUUGAAUUUUGAUAGAACGACGAGCCGAUCGUUCUAAGAAAAGUUCGACGCACGAGAAAGCACGAUAGCGUGCCAGCUGAUCGCUCGACGUGAAUCAUUCUCCCUUUCUCUCUCUCUCUCUCUCUCUCUCUCUUAUUCGAAGAUGACGCGACUAGAGACUAGAUCGUUUCCACGAACCACGCGUUCCUCUUUCUCAUCUGAUUCGCGACAGUCAUGCAUGGCUUCUUCUUAUAAAGUCGAUCGCGAAAACCGGUGGCGUAGUGUCGAGUUCGACGUCCCGUCGAGCACGCGGCCGGCCCAUGGCCGGCUGCUCGCUCGCUCUCUCUCUCUCUUUCGCUCUCUCGCUCUCUCGUUCUCGCGACGUAAAAACUUAGUGCUUCUGCUUUUAUUAUCGAGUGUAAUAGGAAAGUAAGAAAGUUAUUUUUAUCGUCGUUUCAUAUUUUCAAAUUAUUUCCAAGUUGUUUUCGUAAGCGUUAUACCCUCUCUCCAUCUCUCUUUCUCUUUCUCUCUCUCUCUCUCUCUCUCUCUCUGUUAUUUGGAAGGAACAGUAUCAUCUCGGAGGAGUUCUGGAGAAGUUGAAAAAUGUUGUCGACGCAUAGAAAAACGUGUUCCCUCGUGUCUCUCUCGUCCGGGAUUACGUCGCGUUGCUCUCGCUCCCGGAUCUUUAAACCAUAUCCGAAUCUUACCUUUGGCUUUAAUUUCGUCGUCUCUCGAUAGCGAGACGAUACCGUUUCCGGUGGAACGCUGCGCUCGUUUCGUCGCGUCUGAGUUGCCUAGUUUCGCCCUUUCGUCCCCUCUUCGUACUUAUCCGGGAGACCGCCGACGAAGGUCUUUCGUGGGAGACGAGCACUUUGGAGUACCGGCCUUGUUACAGCAACAUCGGCGGUCGGACGUGUGUCUGUGUGUGUAUGCGCGCGUGUACAUACGAAAAUAUAUGCGUGGCAUUCGGAUAAAAGAAAAUACUCCGGAGCAAAGUUUCUUUUUUCUCCUUUUCAAAAUUCCCGCCCGAGAGAUUCUACGUCGACGCCAUUUUUCAUUCCUUGAUUAUCGUUCUUCGAUGAUAACGUUUCGUCGUUCGCGUGUCGGUAAUAGAGCAAACGCUUUGGAAUGUUACGAUCACCCGAUAAAGGGAUAAGACAUCAAAUGCAGAUAUACGCGACCCUUGGCCAAUCAUCGAAAUAUUCGAGCCGAUGAAACCGAUCAAGAUUCAAGUGUAAGACGAAAUUAAUCGAGCGUAAUCGCACAUGUCGUCCAUUCUUCCGGUAUACUUCCUUCGAGUUUGCGGACCUAGAAGGAGAAUGUAAUAUCGUCGGUAAGGAUCAUAAUGGGGAAUCUUUGUUCUACAUUUUAGUCUCAUCGUCAAAGGAUUUUGCAGGUUUUUUUUUUUUUUUCUUUUGUCAAAGAUUCUGUUGUCAUCGACUUUGCCACUAUUUAAUUUAAUUAUCACGUAGGAGAUUAUGCCGAUGGGAUGUGAAAAUUUGCACAAAUUGUCACGAGUAUGCAUAUGUGUACUCAUUAACGAUACAAAUCUUAUUUGUCUCUCUGGUAGAUGCUUGGCAGCGGAGGAUGGGAAGGGGAAGGGAGAGAGAGAGAGUCUACGGUGAACGGCUUUUGUUUUGAUAACACUACGAAUUUCGGUGUACGUGAACGUGCACGCGAGCGCUCGUAACUGUGUGAGUAGUCCAACUCCGAACUCGAUCUCAUAGAGCAAACGACGUUAUUCGUAGUCUCUCUUCGCCUUUUCGACUAUAUAAUUAUCGCUCGAUACGAUAGCAAGCGUAUCCAAUGUCUCUGCGUUAUCUAUUUUUCUCUCAUUCAUCGUUCCGGUAUUUUUUCAGGUUGUACAUAAACGCGCGUUAUUCCGGUGAUCGUGCAUUCAAGUAGAUAGAUAAAUCUUUGACUAUCGAUAAAACGCGCGAGAUUCGAACGCGUUGGCGGGAAAUUCGUUUCCUCGAUCGGUUGUACGAGUGACCGAACAGCUCCUCGUUACACAGAUACGUAUGUAUAUGACAUUAUACGUAUAUAUGUGUAUGUAUGUAUGUAUGUAUGUAUGUAUGUAUAUAUAUAUAUAUAUGUACGUACGUACGCAUGCACGUAUAAAGUGAUUUUAUCAAUCGAACGUUGCACGAGUCAACCAGAGAACAUAGCCGAAAUGUGGUGAUGGCUGGAAGAUCUCGACGUCCGAGCUCUGAGCUCGGACCGGAUCUCUCAUCUCCGCAUUCGAAAAAACUCAAACUAUCGGAACUACCUCAAGAGGUUGCGUCUUACGUCACGGUCGAUGAGGAAGAUAAUGUGGAAAAGGAGUUAGAAAGUAGCGAAAGGAUAACUUCAACGCCAAACGAAGAAGAACGUGUCUCUGAAUCGCCAAAGGACCUCGAAGGAAAGAUAUGUGCUAUCGAAACACAACGUGACCUUGAAGAAGGACUAAAGAAAUUGUCACAAGAGUCGCAAAACGUUGAAAAGGAAAUAGUAAAGUUUGCAGAAACGCCGAAAGACGUCGAAGAAGAAAUUAAUCUUUCUGAAGUGACAGUUAGUGCAACGGAAUCUCCGGUAGAUGAAGUAAUCCCAGGACCGUCCUGGAAAAGUCACGGCGUUGUUCUAAAGUCUGAAGAAAAGCGUAGCCAUCAAGGAACGUCCACUUUUGACAUGAAAACCACCGAAUUGGAUUCCGCAGUAGAUAUACAUACAUCCUUAAUGGGGGAACAUGCGUCGUACGAGGAAUUAUCUUAUAUCGGCAACGGUGCCUAUGGUACCGUUUAUAAAGCGAAAGAUUUAACCAGCGGUCAAGUAGUUGCGCUUAAAAAAGUUAGAGUACCAUUGACGGAAGAUGGGUUACCUACUAGUACUUUAAGGGAGAUAGCCACGUUAAAACAGCUUGAGAGAUUCGAACAUCCACAUAUCGUCAGAUUAUUAGACGUAUGUCAGGGCAAUUAUCAUCGGUUGCCUUCCAGCGACGAAAGAUCUGAUAGAUUGAAUCAAGGAUUAACUCUUUGGUUAGUCUUCGAACACGUGGAACAAGAUUUGGCAUCUUAUUUAUCAUCCUGCCCAGAGGCAGGCAUGGCAGCGCAUCUUGUAAAACAGAUGUCCAAGGAGAUCCUGUCCGGUGUUCAGUUUCUUCACAGUCACAGGAUUAUACACAGGGAUUUGAAGCCGCAAAAUUUAUUAGUCACGAGGGAAGGAAGAAUAAAGAUUGCAGAUUUUGGUUUAGCCAGAACAUAUGACUUCGAAAUGAGAUUGACUUCUGUGGUUGUAACUCAAUGGUAUCGAGCGCCAGAAGUUUUGUUAGGUUGCUCUUACGCAACUCCCGUAGAUACGUGGUCAGUCGGUUGCAUUCUAGCUGAGCUUAGUAGGUUGAAACCAUUAUUUCCAGGGACAAGCGAAGGAGAUCAAUUGGAUAGGAUUUUUCGAAUCAUCGGUACACCAUCGGAGGUAGAAUGGCCGAAAAACGUGUCGCUUAGUUGGAGUGCUUUCCCUGAUAGACAACCAAAGCCUUUAAGUGAUGUUAUACCUAAUCUCGAUGACGACGGAUUGGAUCUUAUCCAAUCUUUACUUAUGUUCGAUCCUCACGUCCGUUUGACUGCUACUCAGGCUUUAGAGCACAAAUACUUCAAUGAAAAUGACACGUAAUUGCUUUUUUGUUGUUUAUCAAAUUGAAAAAGUAUGUUUAGACUGAUGGAAUUAUUUUUAGGGAAUGUAAUUUAUACAAUAAUAUCCAAAAUUAUAUAUACGUAUAGAAAAAUUUUGGAUAUUAUAAUUAUCAUUUUUUUAGGUUGUAACAAUAUCAUUUUCAACCACAUUAUAUUAUGUAAGACGUUUAAAUAAUUGUACAAGAUAUACCCAAGACUUGAGCUUAGUUAUACAUUAUUUUAAUCUAUCUUUUAUAUACCAAUUUAGGUAUAUAAUAGUAAUAACGUAUAGUAUUUAAAAAAAGGUAUUUUUAAAUAAUUCGUAAUUAACGUUUAAGAAUUACGAUAUUUUCUAAAAACACAAAGACCAUACUACUUUUGUAUUUUCUACGAAGUGACAAAUUUUCCUAAACUUCUGCUACGCAUAAAUUAAUUAGUUAUGAACUAAUAGUAUUUAGAUUCGUUUAAUUGAAUCAUAUACUUAAACACACACGCACGCACGCACGCACACACACAUAUUAUAGUAGGAUAACUUUUAUAAGACUGGGGCCGUUUGACCUAUUAGAAUCAUUGAAAGAUUUAGGAUCUUUCAUAGGAAACCAGAAAAGACACUGCCAUAUCUUGUAAUAUAAAUAGGUAGUUGGAUAUAUUAACACUAAGAUUGUAUUUUAUGUAAGAUAUUAGUUAUUAACGUAUACAAAUCAGCGGUAUAUAUUUAUAUGUAUAUGUGUUACGGUACACCUAAGAUAUAAGAUACUAUAAUGUAUUAUUACAAAAGUUAAAAAGACUGUAUAAUAGAAUAAAAUCAUUUUAUAGUUUUGUAAAUUA